AAGGCCACCAGGAGGACCAUGAUCAAAUCAUGACUCUAAUCAGACCUUGUCUUCUUCUAACUAGAUCUUUGCCUGUGUCUAUCCUCAGCUCGUCUUGUUGAGGUUUCCCACCAGCACAGACACAAACAAGCACAAAGCCGUGUCUUUUUCUGGCUCCCAGCCGAACAAACAGUGACCCACCAUCCCCUCCUCAUCCUCCACUUCUCAUCCCACACAACAUUUUACCUGCAUAUCCAACACACCAACCAUCACCCCUCCGGGGGCAUCUGCAGGAGGAUUAUUAUCUAAUCACAGCUCUAAUAGGACCAAACAAGAUCCCGGACGAGAUCCAGAGACCAUUUUCCACUAAAACACACACACAGCAGCAGGAGCACUCACAAACCGCCUCUCUCUCCCGUCUCCUAUACACGCCCCACAUACAUCAGUAUGUCUUUAGUACAGGCAGAGAGGGGAGAGACGGAAUAUUAGUAUUCAGAGCACAGGGUGAAAAAGAAGGAGAGGCAGCAAGCAAACGAGGGAGAGUGAGAGGGAGGGGACAGGAGGAAAAAACACAAGGAGGGGAUGGAAAUAUAAGAGAAGGACAGGGGAAACCGAGAGGCAGAAGAGGGGAGGGGAGACGGGGAUCAUAUUGUUCAUUUCUCCCUCUCAGUCUGCCUUCAGCGAUUCCUGCCCGGAGAGAUGGCCAGAUGUAUAGAAGAGAGGUGCGGAAUGUCCCUUUACGAGCGUCGCAUCUGAGAAAACAGCGGAGGAGAGAGAGGGGGGAAGGAGCAGGAGCCCAGCGGUUCCUCCGACGCAGAAAGGUGCUAUUGGAGGGCUUCCACACAAACGUUCAGAAGUCAGCCUCCUGUCUACGUAGAUUGGUGGAAGACCAUGCCAACAGGUACUGCCGCCAACAGGUCCUGCUGGAGCUAAAGGGCAGCUUCGUUUACCCCUUGCAGUGAAGAACGAGGGUUAUGCACGCGAGACAUAAGUCCCUGCUCCUCUGUCAAAUUUAUUCACCAGGAAACUGUCUCAGAAUGACCAACAUCAUCAUCAAGAGUUGAGUCCAGAAAAGGGGCAUCUCACCCUGGUCUCGGUGAUCAGCACCAGGACACCCCGCUGAUUCCUGCGUGUACUUCCUGCAUCGUCUUUCUCAGCUGACACCUUGUAAAAAGGUGGACGGGCCAGCUCUGUACUUCUGCAGGGGGCCGUCCGAUAGGUGAGGGCGCCGAGGGCUGCGCUGCCAUCGGCUGACUGCUGCGGUGGGAGUGCGAUGCGGAUUGGAGCAUGUCGGGGGACUGGGAUGAAGACCUGUGUAAGAAGGCGCUGAUGCUGGUGGAGGAGCUGUGCUUCAACACUCAGAGGGGUUACAGCCAGAACGAACAGUGCCAGGAGUUCAGCUACCUGCUGAGGGGCCGCAACAGACAGCUGGACACAGAAAUCUCUGUCAGUCUGCUGUCGGUCAUUGUGACGUUCUGUGGCAUCGUCCUUCUCUCUGUCUCCCUGUUUGUCUCUUGGAAACUCUGCUGGCUGCCAUGGCGAGACAAGGAGGGUGGGGGGCUGAGCCUGACGUCGGGGCUGCUGCCUGGAACUGGUGGUCUCGGAGGAGCAGCAGGGCCAUCCCUUUUACCCCCUCUGCUGCAAAGGAAGGAGGGCCACUCCUCAUCCUCGCUCUACCCCUCACUGGGGCAGCAGGGACACCCCCACUUCUCUGACCUGGUGGGGCUGGAGAGGGGGGAGGGUGGAGGGGGAGUUGGAGGGCCAAACGAGACCCAGGAGCACUCAUACCUGGAUAUGGACUCCUACCCCAACAAUGCUGGGACUCUGAAGUUGAGUCAAACGUCGCCAGAUGUUCCCAACUCAGAGGGGGGAGCGCAUCCCAAUAAGGACCUGCCCAACGCCCAUUCCCAGCAGCAGGUCACCCCACGACCCAAGCCCAUGACUCACCAGCUCUCCAGCCCUGACUUCCACGGUGAAGAGAAGGAGCAGGUUACCUGCAUCGGGCAGAUCAAGCCAGAACUUUACAGACCCAAAGGCGAUCAGGGCGAAGGCAAACAGGGCGACACCUGUGGGAAGAUCUGCUUCUUGCUGCGCUACGCCUUCAAUACGGAGCAGUUGGUGGUGAAGAUACUGAAAGCUCUGGACCUGCCAGCAAAGGACGCCAAUGGCUUCUCUGACCCAUACGUGAAGAUUUACCUACUGCCAGACAGAAAGAAGAAAUUCCAGACAAAGGUCCACAGAAAGACCUUAAACCCAGUGUUCAACGAGACGUUCCAGUUUGGCGUGCCGCUGAACGAGCUACAUUCCAGGAAGCUGCAUUUCUCUGUGUACGACUUCGACCGCUUCUCCAGACACGACCUGAUAGGCCAGGUGGUGGUGGACAACCUGCUUGAAUUCAGCGAGGGCAGCGGGGACAAACCCAUCUGGAGGGACAUUGUGGAAGGCACUGCAGAGAAGGCUGAUCUCGGGGAGCUUAAUUUCUCGCUUUGUUACCUGCCCACCGCAGGCAGACUCACCGCUACAGUUAUCAAGGCCACCAACCUCAAAGCCAUGGACCUGACGGGUUUCUCAGACCCGUACGUGAAGGCCUCUCUGAUAUGCGACGGGCGACGGCUAAAAAAGAGAAAGACCUCCAUUAAGAAGAACACUCUGAAUCCCACGUACAACGAGGCGCUGGUGUUUGACAUUCCCAAUGAAAACAUAGAGAGUGUUUCCAUCAUCAUAGCAGUGAUGGAUUAUGAUUGCAUCGGUCAUAACGAGGUUAUAGGCAUGUGUCGAGUGGGAAGCGACGCUGACGGUCCCGGGAGGGAACACUGGGCGGCCAUGCUGGCCAACCCCCGGAAACCAAUAGAGCACUGGCAUCAGCUCGUUGAGGAAAAAGCGAUUGGUACAUAUGUAUCAAAGAGUGCCACAACAUCCUCCCCUAAACUGCAUAUUGUGGUGGACAGCCCCCACUCUGAUUAAAACGGUCAUUAUCAUCUCAACAGCUCCAAAUUUUCCUUUAUUUCUUCUCUCCUCUCAUCUGUGAAUAAUUCCCUCCAUCAAAGACCAGGGAGACGUGGAGACGCUGCCAGUGUCCAACUGCUAGUGCCGUUUUGCUCCUGCUAAUGAAUACUCCAACUUCUGUGCUGUCUUUGCUGAGCUGGAGGGGGGGGGGGGGGGGGGGGCUUCAUCCAUCCUGAGCUGCAUUGUGAACAUCAGACUACACAUUACAAACACAUACAGACAAUGACAACAUGCCCGGCACUGAUGUCAGGUGUAAAUUUGGGACUUAGCAAGAAGCUUGCACACUUUCCUCUCUCUCUCUUACACACACACACACAGACACAUACACACACAUAAAUACACAGAGUUUGUAGUAUGUGUGUAGUUCAUGUGUGCUUCGUAGUUCAUUCUAGAGCGUUUCUCUCUUGAAAACAAGAUAAAAAAAGAAAGCCAGCAUAGAGUGGUCAUUCCAACCAGGACCAAAGCUUCCUGCACUUGUACAGACUAUCAAGAGAAAAUUCUGUGUCAAAGAGUUGUACAGUUUACGCUGUACUGGAUAGGAAAAAAAAUAUCUCAUGUAGUUCUCAACGGGAUGAAAGGAUCCGUGGUGGAUUCUCCUGGCCAGUUUGGAUGCCUCCGCCCAGAGAGAAGACGUUGCAGCCUCCGUCAGGUUAUCAUUGAUGUCAGAGGAGUGAAAAAUGAGGACAGACUUAUUGGUCUCAGCAUGUUACGCAACCUUGAAACGUGUCCCUCUUCGUCAUGCUCUUCGUCUCAGUCCUAAUGGGACUCAUUAGUAUUUCUUUUUUUUUUUUAAAUCAUCUUCGCUGUCAGUUGUGUGCUAGAGAACACAUACAUCCAUCAGGAGAGAAGUUUAUUCAUGCCGUUUUUACAGUCUAAACGAGGAUGAGAUGGUGUGAGCUUCAGAGAGACACAGACUAUGUGAUCAUUCUCAGUUUUCUGACCAAAGCGCCAGACUUUUCAAGGGUUUACAGAAUCCUAUAUUUGGGAUUGGACUGUUCGGACCGCGCUCUCUGGAGGAUGUAUCGCCACUGAGUUAUUUUUCUAUCAUUCCAGAACUUAAUGUUUUGCUUUCUCAAUCAAAAAAGAAAAGAGAAAGUCCUUGUCAUGCUUCAGCAGAUCAAAUUGUUGUCCAUAUCAUGUCUCUGACAGGACUUUAGAAGGACACAUCUCUCUGUGUUGCUUUUACCAGUGAGUGUUUCAGUGUUUGUGGGCGUGUUUGUUUUGUACUUGUGUGCAUCGGUGUGUGUAUGUGUGUUUGACACGUAUCUGUGCUCACCGUCGUUCCCCCUCCCAUCGUUUUUCUGUCGUCACUCCUAAAAUCCAGGCAUCUGCACUGAAAAGGUUGCUUCAAAGCCAAACUUCCUCUUGUUUUGUGUGUCUAAAGGGAGUAAUUUAAUGUGUGUGAGUGUGACAGACAGAGGAUGCGAGUAUGUGUGUUCUCCUCGUGCCUCUUUGCACUAUAGGUGGGGAAGCACCGUCUUUGAUAGACGUUUUUAUUGUCUAUGUUGUCUCUGAUAAUUGCUGCCAGUCACCAGUCAGCCCUCCUCUCCUCUCCAACCCCUUCACCUGAUGUAAGUAACUGUUUAUCGUGUACUUCUUUCACUAAUUUAUGUGCUGAAAGUUUGAGGGAAAAAAUCACAUGGGACUGAAAGUGGUGAAACGCUGGGGUAUUUUGCUUAUAAUUAUUCAAAGGAACACAACUAAAAAAACACAACUUUAUGGGUCAAUGACUAAAAGUAUGGAAAGUCAUUUCUGCCAAAUUUAAGAGGAAAAAAUGGCACACCAUACCAUAAUUACUCAGAGGGAUAAUUAUGACUUUGAAAGUCAUAUUAAUGAAAUAAGAAGUCAAACAUUUGGAUUAAAGUCAUAAUUAUAAGGAUAAAAAGUCAAAAAUUGUAAGUUUAAAAGUCAUAAUGUGAUAAAAAGAAACCCGCCCUAAUUAUGAGUGAAAGAGUUACAAUUUUGAAUCUUUCUUGUGCAAUUCAAAUUAAUAAUCAUAAUUAUGCAAAUAAAUAUAAAUUCAAAUAAUAAAUUUUUGGUAAAAAGUCAUGAAUAUAAAAUCAUGAUUAUGCGAUUCAAUGAUUAUUUUGACUUUAAAACAAACUAUGUUUAUACGGUCUGAAUGAUGUGAUUCAGUCAUUGAAAGUCAUAAAUAUUUAUUUAAAAAAAUCACAGUCUUAAGUAAAAGCUCAAAACUAUUUGAUUAAUUAUAAUUAUGAGAUUAAGUCAUAAUUGUCAGUAAAGAAAUAUGGGAAAAAUGUCCUAAAUAUGAAAAUGUUACAAUUAUGAAAAUCAUAAUUAUGAGAUUCAGAGUCAUAUAAUUUUCAUCUGAAGGACAUAUUAAUGUUAAAAAGUAAAUACAAUUAAAGAUAUUAGUCAUGCAUAUGAAACUAAUAUUUAUUAUCAGAUUUCUUUGUAAUUUUUAAGUCCAAAUUUUCAAAAUCAUCAUGUGAAGGAUUUCCUGUCUUUCCAUUGUACGAUCUCAAGGCCAUACAGUGUAAAAACAAACAAACAAACGAACAAAAAAAAAAAAACAAAGAAAAAAGAAAAAAGAAAAACAAAACAAAACAAAAGAUUUAGGGAUGUUUAUUAUAUUUAAGGAUCAGUAUUUAUUUAGAAACAGUACAAAAAUGAAUACUUCCACUAAAAAUGUUAAGAGGAAUCCACAGGAGCUGGUAACCAGCACAAUUAAAAAAUAAAUGCAUCAUUAAUAACUAAUAUUUAUACAAUGCUGGUUAACUAAACCAAAAUACAAAACGAACAACACUGAGCACACAUACAGCAUACAUUGCAACCCAAAACACAUUAAAUGCAA